UUGCUUGGAGUAACAUUAUGAACACUUUGUGUGGAAAACCACACGGCCAUGAGCCUGGACUUGCUAGCUGCCGGCCUCACCUCCUUACAUGAGAUUGCCGGAGAUGGCAAUGAACAUGCAGAGACCUGCAGGCUGAAUCUGCACAUGAAUCGCAUCAAAGAUCUUGAUGGCCUGUGCCAGUUCCGAAACCUCGAGGAGCUGAUUCUGUCUGGCAAUUGCAUCAAGCAAGUCAGGCCGUCGGACUUCAAGGGGGUGCGACGGUGCUUGCGAGUGCUGGAUUUGUCCUGCAACGAGCUCAAAGGCCUCGAGGGGUUGCAAGGUCUCUGUGCCUUGCAGGAGCUGCGAUUGGCUUACAAUCACAUUGAGUGUCUUGAAGGUCAAAUGAAUUUUUGGGGCCAACGAAGUGCGCUGAAAUCUUUGGAUUUGAGGUGUAACCGAAUCGCUAAGCUGGCGCAGCUGCUGUUCCUGGGUGGGUCUACCAAAUUGGAGGAGGUCGCGUUCCAGGAAAGGAGCAUGGGCGAUGGCGGGAAUCCCAUUUGUGAGGAAGUGAUGUAUCGCCAGUGCGUUUUGCAGGUGCUUCCCUGGUUGAAGGUGCUGGACGGUGCUUCCCUGGUGGAGGACCGGGACGCCUCCACCUUGAGGCCCCGUGUGGGCGAGGCGUCCUUGCUGAGAGAUCAGCUCGAGCAGGCCACAGCAGAGCUUCAACUUGCUCGCAAGCAGGCGGAGCUUGCGAAAGAAGAAGCUGAAAAGGCACAGAGGAAUGGUUUGGAGGCUGCCCAGGAGAGAGAAGCCACCCUGAGAAAAGCAGAAGCAGAUCGUGAAGCGCGAUUGCGUGCUGACUUGGAAGAGAUCGUGGUCGUGGUGCAGAAGCAUGAAGAUCACUUCUCACAGCAGCUUGCAAAGUUGUCUGCAGCGGAUCAAGAACUUCCAGCCGCAGAAGCUGUUCAAAAGGAAGAAGCCAGGGCAUUGACAGAGGAAGAGAGCUGUUGGGAAGAGCUACUACGGAGUGAGAAGAACGAACUUUCCUUGGCAGCACGGUGGAAGAGCGAGAAGCUGGAUGCUGAAGAGAUGUUGGCCGAAUGGCACAGCUGCCGAAAACACCCUGGAAUCACUUGUCCAGAUGUGCAGGCCAUAAGAUUGGACCUUGAGAGAACUCAGCGACAGCUGCAAGAGACCAGGUCAAACUUGAAGAUUUAUGAUGAGGAAAAAUUACAGAGCUUGUCAGCGGAGGUCCAGCGCCAAGAGAACAUUUUGGCCGAAACUCGCAUGGAGUUGUGCGAGCAAGAAGACCUUGCAAGGUGCUGGAAUUUAGAGACCGCUGCAGCUGCCGGCCGUUUGGCCGCCAUCCGAGGGACUUCAGCUGCUCAAGCCAGGGCAGGCGUUGAGGAGGUGGCGGCACAGACCUGCUUGGCCGAAGGCUAUGAGGAGAGUUUGUCCCGCUACCGAGCUGAAGAAGCUCAACUUCAGAAGGCCGAGCUUAAUCUCAGGCCGCAUGCUGCAGCUCAAGAACAAGGUGACAUCGGUGACAUGGAACACCUGCUGCGAUCACGCGACCGUCUACGCUUGGAGAUCAAAGAACUGGAGGGUGCUCAGAGCACCAGAGGUGGAGCUGUCAGCAUUUUGGAGGAGAAGCUUCAGUUGGGCUUAGAGCAGGCUCUACAAGCACUUCAGCAAAGCCAUGCACGCUUGUCAAUGCUUGAAACUGAUGUGGAACAGAAGGGGAAGGCCCACAAGCUGGCGCAGAAACAGGAGGAGUUAGAUCGCUUGAUGCUCUCAGAGAUGAAGACUCAGUUGACACAAUGCAGAGAUGCCGAGCGCAAUAUUUUCCUUCAGGUGAGCCAAAGAUUGGGGGAUACCACUUCAAUCGAGGUUCAGGUCCACGAUGCCAUGGAGAACUUUCAAUUCGCCCAGAAGAAGAUUCAGGAGCUGGAAAAGCUCCGUAGCUCCUACGUGCAGCAGAGGGAUUUUGCUGCGUGUGUCGAGGCCGUCCAGGCGACCAAAGAGGAGCUGCGAAAGCUAGGUGAAGAAAAGUUGCAGAAGACCUCUCAGCUUGGAGGACUUCAGGCUGCUUUGGAGACACGUCGAGAGGAACUUAGCAAUAUGCUGCAGAAGCUACAAGACUGCCAAGCCGAAGGGGAAAGCACUCAGACAAAGCUGAAGAUCAAGACACACAUGAUUGGCGAUGCGGCGCUGCAGAUGGGCGAGCUUCGACAAUCUUUGUCAGAGGCAGGAAGGCUGAAGCAAGAGAAUGACCUUGCUUGGAGAGACAGACUUGCAGAGGCAACUGCGCGCGUGGAUGAGUACAUGGAACAGGCGGAUGCCCUCCAUGGCUUGAAUGAAGAACAACAAGAAGAAGCAGCCAAGCUGUGCCGGAUUGUCGAGGCCAAAGGAGAGCGGAACCACUUUGUCGAGUUGCAACUGGAUCAAGUGCAGCGACUUGCGGCGGACAAGAAGAGCAGUCUCGAGGCCAAAGCACAAGCAAUGCAACAGGAAAGCGCACAGAUCAUGAACGAGGCGCGCUGGGCUUCCUCAGAAAUGGAAGAGCGCUUUCGGCUUCAACGUGCUGAGCAGCUUGAAGAGGAACGACGAGCCAGGUCUCGUUUGCUCGUGCUGCAGCAGCAGCUCAGAGCAGCACCGCAAAACCUCGAGAAGCUAAGGCAACACCUGACACAGGAGCGCAUGACCUCGAAAGAACGUGUGCGCAGAUUGCUCGCCAAUUUCGAGACCCCAGCUUUGACAAGCGGGUGACAUGGCGAUGGCAUGAGAGUGGCCGGAGUGCAGGACAUCCUUAAGAACUACUUCUGCUGUCAGAUUGAACACCGAAGCCUGCGGCUCUGCCUCACUGCAGAUUUGGAUGUGGAGAUUCGAUAGGAUUCGAUUCAAGAAGCCGCUCCUUCUCUCGCGGAGGACCAUGACUGGUGAGGAUCGGUGAGGAUGGAGUCGUUUGUCACACCCGGCGGGUGAGGAUUGGAUGACCAUGAUCGGUCCCCGCAGUUGACCUUGAAGGUGGAGAUGAUGUCCUUGGACUCCAAGGACGCUGUUUGAGGAGGUGAAUUCUUGGCGCAGCUUCAAUUGAGGCAUGCGGAAGGGAGCUCGAAAGCUUCCAAUUCCCGUAUGGAUGACCACUGGAGAUGAAAAAGAAUCGGCAAG